UGAUCUACGUAUUUAGACUAAAGAGUGUGAUAUCAAAUCAUCAUUUAGAUUCUUAGAUUUGCGGAUAGUCCGAAUAAUUGGGUUUAUAGUGCCCCAACUUCUAAGGCUUGUGUGCGCGGAUAUUGUGAAGUGAUCCAACUAGAAGAGAACACUGCUCUAGAAACUCUCUUCUGAACUUCAGAAGAUAAGUGACGCCUGGGUUUCUAUACGCUAGUUCAAGUUAAACAUGUAUGAGACCGGUAAUAACCUCGCUAAAUCUAUCAAAUGUCUUAGUUUCGCUUGAACAAAUAAAAGAAAUGUCUCCGUCUGAUUAACAUACAUUUUCUCCCCUGCGGUCAAGACGAUUAUACAAAAUCCUAAAAUAGCUUGUCUAGAAUUCAGGCAUCCUGUAUACAAACAACCCAACAAUAUUUCGUCACUGAGCACAAUUUAGUUUGAGUAUGGAUAAGUCUGCGACAAUACUUAAAGUCAUGAAAUUUCUUUGGUCUAACAUGCAAGACGAACUAUAUUUAGCUCAAGUUUAGAUGACAAUACAACGACAUCGAUUGCGCGCACAUUGCGAGAAAACACGCGAGAUAACAUCUCCGCCCACGCGCAGCCCUGUGAUUGUUACGCAUUGAUGCAUUUUAGGAAAGUACUGUCCAUAAGUGACCCUCUGUUUACUCGCUUAUACUUCAGUUCCGCUCAAACUUUCUGGCAAUGGAACAAGGCGAACCUGGUGUCAACUUCGUCGAGAUUAAAUUGGAAGACAUUUUCAGUUCGCGUUGGGAGAAACUUCGUUCAAGAACACGACGUAGUAGUAUCUUACAUCAACCCAGGUCUAGGACGAGGAGGUUUCCGAGUCAGUCGUGGAAGUAUACGUAGCGAGGUUCCAAUAUCAGGUGGUCGCAGACUAACAAUUGGGUACUCCAUAGGGAAUAAUUUCAAAAGUUUUGAGAUUACUCGCAGUCAAGGAGGAGGAUAUAUACUGCACACACACGGCUACUGGAAGGUGGAGUUAGGACGCAAGUUCUUUUAAUAGGGAA